UGUCGACGAAGAAGCAUCCCAUACUCCGUUGGACGCCGUCCGCCAUUGUCAGCCGUGCGUGGUCGUUCUCGGGCAAGCAGUGAAGAAGGUUCCAACCCUAGAAUUAUUACUUACAGCGUGGAUUGUUGCAUCUCGGAGAGGGAAGUCUGGAAAACACUGAAUUUUCGCUCUGAAAAGCAGUUCAGUUGUGUGAUAAGCUGUAUAUGAACAAAGAAAAUACGACUGAUGGGCCCACUGUGGAUAAACAAAGCCAUGGCUACUUCAAAAGAUGAUGGACCAACCGAGCAGAGUCCUGACGAUCUGGCUGAGUCACUUAAUGAUCUCUUCUCUAGCGUUUCAACCAUGGUUAAAUCGGAGCUUCAAGGAACCAAUAAUCAUUUAGAGCUUCUGGAGAAGAUGAAUAUGAGAGUAGCAGAAGAGUACAAGGGCUUUGGUGAUUUGGCUUCUGGGUUAAGGGUAUACAUGGAGCAGUUGAAAUCCAAGAGUGGUAACUUUGAUGAGUAUGUUCAGCAAAUUGAUGCAAUCGAUCACCAAGUAACUGAAUUUGAGGCUGUGGUGUCAAUGCUUGAUAAAUAUGUGUCGUUGUUAGAAUCAAAAGCACAUUCUGUGUGCCGGAAUCGAUCUUCUUAAUUUACAUGAGAUUCAUUUGAUGAACUUGAUGGAAUUUUCCAAAAUGAACUUUUAUUCAUACAUUUUAUUAUUUUA